UUUACAAAUACCUUAAUAUGUUAUAAAAAGACAUUAAUACUUAUUUCAUCAUUAAAAACCUUUUGAAUGGAUUCUAACGAACAAGCUGAUAAUUCAUGUACCUCCGAAAAUGGAAGAAGUCGAUUUUCAUUCCGUGAUUCAGGCGAGGAAAUUCAAUCUAAAGUUGAGUGUUGCGGUCAUAAAACGUGCCACUUAGACCGUUACAACCUUAUUAGCAACGUUAAACCCUUUACUCCAAGGCCUUACACCUUAUAUAAAGUGAUCGUUACAACUGCAGACAUUCAUGGAGCUGGUACAUCUGCUCAGAUCUACAUCACACUUAAAGGUGAAUGGGGUUCGUCAACGCGUCAGAAGCUUAGAAAAAGCAAAACUAUUUCGAAAGAAUCACGCUUGCAUUUAUUCCCCGGGUCAACACACACGUUCUCUGUGGUUUCUCCUGAUCUUGGUGCAUUGCAAUCUGUAUUUAUAGAGCAUGAUAGUUUACGGAAAAGUGAUAGCUGGCUUUUGGAGAGUGUACAAGUUCUACAUCCUUUGACAAAAAAGCGUUACAUGUUUAUCUGUAACCAUUGGUUUUCAUUAUACAAAGAAGAUGGAUUAAUUGCACGUGAACUAUUUGGAAUCAGGAGUGCAAAAACAAAAUAUUCCAUAGUUACUGUAACAGGUGAUCAAGAAGGAGCUGGAACAAAUAGUAAAGUGUAUAUAACAAUUUAUGGAAGAACUGGUAUCACACCAAGAAUUGAAUUAAGCCAAGAAAAUAAAAGUUCUGGAAAGGAUAUUCUGUGUGCACCUUUUGGACGUGGUACAAGUUCAAAAUUUAUUGUUAAAGCGCCUAACGUCGGUGCAAUAACCAACAUUCGUAUCAAGCAAGAUGGAUUAGGAAAUGAACCAGAUUGGUUUUUGGAACGUGUUGUAGUCACAGAUUUGUCAUAUCCUCAGUGGACAUAUUACUUCCAUUGUUCAUGUUGGUUAUCUAGUAAAUAUGGAGAUAAAAAAUUAUGUAGACUUAUUCGAGGUUAUCGUGAACCUACAGGAACAGGUACAGAAACACAAUACAAAUUAACAUUUUAUACACCUGACAAAAUGGAUUCAGGUACAACAGCUGAGGUGUAUGUGAAACUAUACGGUGAAACAGAUUCAAGUCGAGAAAUCUGGUUGAAUUCAAUUCAUCAAGUGGAUAAAACACAACCACAGUAUUAUCAUUUUAGUCGAGGUUCUACUGUUGUAGUUCACCUACCUUCAUGUCCACAACUAGGUGAAAUAACUAAGCUUAAAGUUGGACAUAAUAAGGCUGGUUCUUCACCAUCAUGGUUUCUCAGCAAGGUAAUUGUAGACGAUUUAAAAAUGAAUCGUGUAUUUGAAUUCCCUUGCAAUAAAUGGAUUGCUGAGCCAAGUGAGGUGAUACUGGCUUGUGAAAAGUCGAUUAAAAAGGAAGAAAAGGAAGUUGUUUGGCAGAAAAUCCCAUUGGAAAUCCGAUUGUAUACUGGUGACUUACCUAAUGCAGGAACAACUGCUCGAGUUUACCUUCGAUUAACUGGCCCUGAACAAAUGUCUGUACCCAAAGCUCCUUUGUCGAAUAAUCAGUUAACGCGUAACGUUCCACAGGCAAGAUUCGACUUAACAUCAGAUCAGCAAGGGGAUUCUGAAGUGAACAAAGAUAAUCUGUAUACUACUCCACGUAUAUGGUUAGAAGAUGGUGCUUAUGAAAGGAAUAAAGUUGCAUUGUUUUCUAUCGAUUUACCAGUACCCAAGCAGAUUUGUCCUAUAUCACAGUUGAUGAUAGGACACGAUAAUUCCGGCAGUUCUCCAGCAUGGUUCCUUGAUAAGGUUCAAAUCUACUGUCCACUGAAUGGGAUUGAACAAACUUUUGGAUGUCGUAAAUGGUUGUCUAGUACUAAAGCAGAUGUUAAAGUUGAACAAAUACUGUCUGAAGAUAAAUCCCUCAGAAAAUAUACAGAUAAAAAAAUACCAUGGGAGAUUGUAGUGAAAACCAGUCCAAUAUCAAAUAGUUACCUUACCGCCAACGUCAGUAUUAUCCUGUUUGGCAGUAAAGACAAAACAAUGAAAAUCCAAUUGGAUCGUUCACUAUUAGAAGACUCUUCUGAAUGGACUAAAAUGUCUAAAAAUGAAAUAGUAGAUAUGUUUAAACCAAAUGUGGAAUCGAAAUUUCGUACUUAUAUCAAAGAAAUUGGCUUGCCAUAUAAGUUGAGAGUUGCACAUGAUAACAAAGGAUCAAAUCCAAAUUGGCAUCUUCAAAUGAUCACACUAACUAAUAUUAGCACACAUGAAACAUAUGAAUUUUACUGCAAUCGUUGGUUGAGUAUUCGGGAGGACGAUGGCGCCAUUUGUAGAGAAAUUCCUGCGAAAGGUCCUGGGAUAACUGAUCCACCACCAGUUUUUCAUUAUAUUAUUCAAAUACAUACUGGAAAUAAACCAAACUCUGGUACCAAUGCAAAUAUUUUCAUCAAUAUCUUUGGGGAUAAUGGUGAUUGCGGUGAAAGAUGGUUAAAGCGUUCAGUAAACCAGAAUGCAAAGUUAUUCCAACAGAAUCAGAUGGAUGAAUUUGUCAUAGAAGCCGUUCGACUCGGUGCAAUUAGAAAAAUUUGUAUUGGCCAUGAAGAAAGAUCACCUGGGAAUGGUUGGUAUUUAGCGAAAGUUGUACUGACCAUCAAAGAGAAUCCUAAAUAUAGACUGACAUUUGAAUGUUAUCGAUGGUUUGACACUGGAGAAGAUGAUGGACAGAUCAUCAGGGAAUUAACUCCACAUAGUUCACUAUACGCUGUCGCAUACAAUGUGACAGUGUUAACCGGUAUGUGUAAAAAUGCAGGCACUACUUCAAAUGUGUACGUUCACCUAUACGGAACGCAAGGUGAUAGCAAAGAUAUGCCACUUAAGCACAAAGGCAUUGAGAUUACUAAAUUUGAAGCAGGAAAAUCUGAGGAAUUUUUACUAACUUGUGGGAAACUUGGUGAGAUUAAAAAAGUCAAAAUAUGGCACGAUGGUAUUGGACCAGAUUCAGGUUGGUUUUUAGACGAAGUGAUUGUCACUGAUUACUAUCUUGGACGUCGAUAUGCAUUUCGUGUACACCGAUGGUUAGCUAAAAAUGAAGCAGAUGGAUUGUUAUCAUUAGACUUACAACCUACCAGUAUUAUCAAUACAGAGAGAAUGAUGCCGUAUGACGUUGUGAUAUUCACCGGUGAUAAAAGUGGCAGUGAAGCAAAAUGCAAUGUCAGUAUUCAACUGUUUGGUACACCUAUGCAGAGAAAAACUGAAAUUAUUAAACUGUCGCAUAAACCACACUGUUUCAAAUUUGGUCAACCAGAAGCAUUUAGAAUAUUCGCGCCUGAUAUCGGUCCAUUACAAAAACAAUUAGUAGAACGUGAUGGAACAGGUAUAUCUGAUGGAUGGUUCUUAGAGAAAAUUCUUAUUAGAAAGCCAUCUAAUUACUUUGAAUCAACGAAUAGUUCUCCUGCUAAGAGCCCCACCAGAACACCAACAGGCCAAGUGAUUGGAGGUCAAAUAUCACCGCAGAAAGAAUUCAACCCGACAAAUGUUACAUCAGUUAACAGACAACAGCAUAAUUCGCCUACUGUAGCAGUUAUUCCCGAAGGCAUUAAAGAUGCAGAAGGCUGUGAAAACUACUGGUUUCAUUUCAAUACAUGGUUAUCAAAACAACAGGGUGACAAACAAAUGAGCUGUGAAGCAGUCUCAUCUACUGAAAAUGGAACACAUCUACAAAAACUAAUGGAAUCUGCUUACGAAGUUGUAGUGAAAACUGGUGAUCGUAAGUACGCAGGUACAGAUUCUGGUGUUUAUUUAACAAUGUUUGGGAUAAAUGGAGAAUCAAAAGAAUAUCAUUUAUCAAGCUCAAAAACACAUACCAAUAAAUUUGAACAAAAUCAUGAAGACAUAUUUAGUUUAACUGCUUUAGGUUUAGGUCCUCUUAUGAAAAUUCGAAUCAGGCAUACAAAUAAAGGUAUUGCUGCUGGUUGGUUUUUGGAUUACAUUCUAAUACGUGAAACUGUGCAACAGAAAACUGCAGAAUAUCUGUUUCCUUGUUACCAAUGGUUGUCGGCUAGUGUUUCAGAUGGUCUAGUUAGUCGUGAACUAUGCGUUGCAUCUUCAAGCAUUCUUGAAAGAUGGAAGUCUGGUCAUGAUAUUAUCGAUGAUUCUAGACUUAUUCUAGAAGAUCAAAUUACAAUUUAUCACAUUCGUACCUAUACUGGAUCUCAGUCUAAAGGUGCCUCCGAUGCAAAUGUACAAAUAAGACUGUUUGGAGACAAAGAUUUUUCUGGAAACAUUACACUGCAUAAAGCAUUCAGUGAAAUAGAAGAAACAAUAGUCAAUAAGUUCGAAGCUGGUGAGGUAGCAAGCUAUAUCGUCAAAGCGAUAAAUAUUGGCAAUAUUAAAAAAAUCAGAAUUGGAAGAGAUUUUACUGGUGUAUCAUCAAACUGGUAUCUUCAGCGUGUUGAAGUUGAAGCUAAAAAAUUAGGACUGUUAUGGAAAUUCGAGUGUAACCAGUGGAUUAGUCCACAACAGUCACAAGUGGAAUUGUUCCUUGAACCAAAAUAUACAUCAUUUGUCAAACCGAUGACCAACUAUCAAAUUAAAACGUUUACAAGUGACAUUUCUGGAGCAGAAACAACAUCCAAUGUCUAUAUCCAAUUGUACGGAAAUGAUGGUUCCCCGAGUACAAUAAGACGUUUACAGCCGGAUGAUGACAGUGAACAAUGUUUUCAACGGAAUAGAAUAGAUACAUUCUAUGUGGAAUUAGAAGAGUUACAAGAGCCUUAUAGUAAAUUAAGGAUAUGGCAUAAUGAUAAAGGCGUGUCAACAGAUUGGCAUUUAAAUAAAGUUGAGAUAAGAAAAGUGAGAACACGUCAGUAUAGUUUUGUUACCUACAUAUUUCCAUGCAAUCAAUGGCUUUCACGUAAUAUGGACAAUGGAGCAUUAGAACGUGAACUUCUACCAAGCCAAAUGAGACUAGAUCAAAACGGUAUAGUACAAGUGGAAAAAGAGAUUAUACCAAAAUGGUCCAUUAAUACUUAUGAAGUUAGAAUUAUCACUGGAGACAAGGCAUUUGCAGGGACUGAUGCUUCUGUUUACCUUACAUUAUAUGGUGAGAAUGGUGAUAGUGGUGAACGUAAAUUGGUGAAAUCACUUACACAUCGAAAUAAAUUUGAACGUGGACAAACAGAUGUGUUUCAUUUGGACAUAGUGGAUCUGGGAAAAAUAAACAAGGCUCGUAUCCGUCACGAUAACUCUGGUGUUAAUCCUUCAUGGUAUUUAUCACGAAUCGAAGUUUUCAAUGUUACGAAAUCUAAGAGCCUACACAACUCACAAAUGGGGGCUAAUGAAAUGCACACUUUAGUGAAUUAUACAUUUAAUUGUGAAGCAUGGCUGUCAACUGAACAUGAUGAUAAACUUUUAGAUAGAAUCUUUCUUGUUGAACAUGUUAAAACGCAAGAAACUGUUAAGAAGUUACCGAAUACUGUAUCAGAAGAAAUUGCGCAUGAUGUGACCGAUAAAAGUAUACCCAACCUUACUAACUACAAAGCAGAAUUACAACAAAAGGAUGUGAAACCAGUAGAGACUAUACCGUAUUUGAUUACUGUGAUCACUGGAUCUGACAAAAAGGCUGGUACACCUGGCCCAGUUUGGAUCUGUUGUAUCAGUAAAAAUCCGUCAAACUCUGAAAAGUUCAUUUUAUGUGACAGUUAUAACAAAGUAGCACUAAAGCGAGGAACAACACGACACUUUCGACUAAUGGGUGCUAAAAUUAAUGAUUUAGCUGAGAUACAAGUUGGAAAUGAUGCUCCAGAGAGUCCUACUAUGGGUUGGUACUUACAGUCCUUAUAUGUUUCAUUGCCGACACUUGGUAAAAUGUAUCAGUUUGAAUGCAAUGAAUGGUUAUCAGUGACACGUAGCGAUAAGAGAAGAACACAAAGUUUUAAAAUAUCAGAUCAAAAUGUUUAUCAAUUCCCUAGAAAACUGACAUACAACUUGAAAAUAUCUACAGCUGAUAUAGAAAAAGCUGGUACAGAUUGUUCAGUUACAAUUCAAAUUUUCGGAACAAAUGGAACAUCCAACAGUUAUAUAUUAGAAAAGACUAGUAAUCGAUUCAAUCGAGGAGUAAUUGAUAAUAUUAGCAUAGAAAUGGAGGAUGUUGGAAAUAUAUUAAAGUUACGCAUAGGACAUGACAAUCAGGGUAAACAUAAACACUGGAAUUUGAGCUAUGUGGAAAUAACGUGCAGCAAUUCAAGUCAACUGUACCGUUUUGAUUAUAAUGAUUGGUUCAGUUUGACCUAUGGGAAAAGGAAAACACUGUGGGCUGAUAUACCUGCAACGGUUGGUAAUACUGUUCAGUUGAAAGCAACAAGUUUGGAUAUUUUCGUCAAGACUGGAAAUAUGUCUGACAGUUCUACAGAUGCCAAUAUUUUUAUACAACUAUUUGGUGAGUAUGGUGAUUCUGGAGAGCUGGCGUUGAAACAGACUGUUACCAAUCAGAAACCAUUUCAAAAUAAUGCAACCGAUCAUUUCAAAAUACCAUCUAUUCUAAAACUUGGCAAUUUAGCACGCUGUCGAAUAUGGCAUGAUAAUAGAGGAACAUCACCGAAUUGGUAUUGUGAAUGGCUUGAAGUAAGAGAAGUUAUUGAAAAAGGCGAGAACAGUUUAACAUGUCACUGGAAAUUCACCUGUAACCAAUGGCUAUCAACAGGUGAUGGUAAUAAACAGUUGUUGCGAGAUAUUUCAUGUUCUGAAGUCUAUUUAUCCGAUUCCAAAGGCGAAAAAAUUAACGAUCAGGAAUUCAUUGAAACUAAAAUGUUAUUGGCUAAUUCUACAAGUAUGGUCACUUUAAACGACAGAGGACAAAUAGUCUACGAUGUAGAAAUACAAACUGGGAAAUUGAAAGAUUCAGGCACAACUUGCAAUGCUUGGGUAGUUAUAGAAGGUAAAAAUGGUCGUAGUCCAAGACUGGAGCUUAUAAACAAAGCAGAAAAGCCAAUACUUCAAACCGGACAAAUUAAUCAAUUCCAAUUAUCAAGUUUCCCAUUAGGUGAAAUUGAAACUGUUCGACUAGGUAUACACGGAAUACCUGAUAGCAAACAGACUAAUUUAAAAGAAAUGCAAUCACUCAAGUGGUAUUGUGAACGAAUAAGCAUAAAAGAUCCAAUAAGCAAACGCAUGUAUAUAUUUAUGAUUAAUCAGUGGUUAAGCGUUAUUCAAACUUCAGAUUUCAAGAAGGAUAUUCUAGUCAACUAUAGUAAAAUUGUUGAAGAACCUCGGAAACAAGCAUUCAAUGAAUUUAAAAAUAAACGAAGUGUCAUGUAUAAAAUAUCAGUCUAUACAGGGACAAAAGGAUGUUCAAUUACGGACGCUAAUAUCUUCAUAACUAUGUUUAGUCAUAAACCAGCCCUCAACUCUGGAAGAAUUGCACUGAGGAGAGAUAACAGAAGUUUAUUUGAUAGAAAACAUUUGGAGGAAUUUUUCGUAGAGUCUAUAGAUUUAGAAUUUAUUCAGCGUGUUAUAAUUGAACAUGACAAUACUGGUGUUAGUCCCGAUUGGUAUUUGAAUAAAAUAUUAAUUACAAAUCAGCUGACCAAUCAGAUUCACAUAUUUCAUUGUAAUCAGUGGAUUUCUAAAAAGAAAGGAGAUUGUAAAAUCUGGAAAGAAUUAUUGGUUUCGAAUUGAGUGUGUUAACA